UUCUACUCUGAAAAUUAACUCUUAGGGUUUGAUGAUGGGCGACGUUCUAGCUUAUGAAGCGGAGCUACUCGGAAUGGUGAAGGAGUAUUUGGAGUUUGCAGAAUUCGAGGAUACAGUGAAGGCAUUUACAAAGGAGUGCAAAAUAAAAGGGAAACCAUUACCGAAAACAGGAGGCGGGUCUGCGAAGGACUCCAAGGCUGUGGUCAUCCAGGAUCUACUAACCUCCUUUACCGAUGGAGACCAGGAUGUCUUCUUUGACCUCUGGGAAGAGCACGUCCCUCCUUCGAUUCGGGACAACGAGGCCAUCGCCCAGAAGCUGGAGUUCUACCUUCACAUCCAUUUUGCCAUCGUCCUCUUGAAACGCAGUGUUGGGAAGCCUCCAUCUUGCUCAUCUCCUUGUUACAACAAAGCGGCACUGGAUGAAAGAGUUUCACGUUUUAAGAUGUACCUCGAGACCAAAGGGGCGGCCCUGAGCCAGACCACAGAAUUCCUACCUUUCUACGCUUUGCCUUUUGUUCCCAACCCGAUGAUCCAUCCCUCCUUCAAAGAACUUUUCCAGGAUUCUUGGGAGUCUGAUCUAAAGAUGAGGUUGGAAGAUUUCCUGUCUGCUACUCUGAAAGCCAGCAACACUCCAAGACUUCUGACGCUAUAUAAGGAGAACGUGCAGUGCAGCCAAGAGAUGUUGCAGCACCUUCAUCAGCAGCUGGUGGAGUCCGAGCGCAAGACCAUGACCUACCUGAAGCGGUUCAACAAGAUACAGGCAGACUACCACAACCUCAUCGGGGUCACCGCCGAGCUGGUGGAUUCGCUGGAGGCCACGGUCAAUGGCAAAAUGAUCACCCCGGAAGACCUGCAGAGCGUCUGUGUCCGUUUGUUUAGCAACCAGAUGAUGCAGAGCGUGGUGCACAGCAUAGACUUCACGAGGCCUGGAACUGGAUGCCGCUGUAUGAGCCCGUGUGAUGAUGAAUAUGCCUCUACAAUGUUACGAGCCUCCCUUGCUCCUGCGAAAGUGCAAGAAGUGCCCCUCUUGCCCUCCUUGGACUACGAGAAGCUGAAGAAAGACCUGGUUGACGGGAACGAUCGACUGAAAGCCUUCCUGCUGCAGGCCUUGCGCUGGCGCUUGACUACAUCCCACCCUGGUGAGCAGAGGGACACGGUUCUGCAGGCUUACAUCAACAAUGAUCUUCUGGAUUGCUACAGCAAUGUUCAGAGAAGUGUGCUGAUGCUGAUACAAUCAAAGAACGAGGUGGUCCGUCAGUAUACAGCCAGGCUGAUCAACGCUUUCGCCUCUCUGGCUGAAGGUCGCCUCUACCUUUCACAGAACCUCCGGGUGCUCCGGCUGCUGGAAGAAAGACUGAAAACCGAAGAGAAGGAUUCUCUUACCCGAGAGAAUGUCCUGGGGGCUCUGCAGAAGCUCAGCCUCAGGCGCGCUCUGCAGUCUGCGAUGAUUAAGGAUGAGCUGAUCCUGUGGCUGGUGGAGGCGCUAAAAGACACAGACUCCAUGUCGGAUUACACCUUGACCUAUUCGGUCGCCUUGCUCAUGAACCUUUGCCUUCGGAGUCCAGGAAAGAAAAUGUGCGUGAAAAUCGCCAACGAGGUUCUCAAAGUUCUCUCUGAUCUUCUUGGCCACGAGAACCAUGAGAUACAUUCCUACGUGAACGGGGCGCUGUACAGCAUCCUCGCCGUUCCCUCCAUACGAGAAGAAGCUCGAGCAAUGGAAAUGGAAGACAUUCUGCAGUGCUACAUCGAGGAAGGAAACGCCGAUAUGAUCCAGCAGAUUGAGUUUAUCAUCAAGCAGCUGAAAUCAGAGGAGUCAUUGGAUGACAGUGCGGAGUCCGACGAUGAGGAGAAGGAAGAUAAUAGUGAAGACCAUAACAGCAUGGAAGCUGAUCUGGACAAGGACGAAGUCCUGGACCCUCUGGAGGGAGAGCUGUCCGGAGAGAAGCUCUUGACCACGGAAUACCUGGGAAUAAUGACCAAUACCCCGAAAGUAAAGAAGAAGUCAUUCCCCGACGUUUACCAGAGCAUCGAUGAACCUCUCCAAAGGCCUGUGACGCCGGGUUAUCAAAGGGCCGCCUACCCAACGCCAGAAAAUGAUUCCUUGCCUUCCUAUAGCGGGGAGAUCUACGUCCACUGUGGCCAGCUCUCCCGGCCCCCGACUCGCUGCGGGAAGAGACCUGGCCUUUCCGAGUUCAGUCUGUCUUCCACACCACCUGAAAGAGAUGCCUCUGGGGUGUCCUCCGUGCGUUUCGGAACAGAUCCACGCCUUCUGCCGGCAGCCGAGAUCCUCACCAUCCAGUCCCGGGAGCUUUCCCAAGAGAGCCUAAAUGGUCUGCCAAACAGUGACUUCCAUUCCGGCUUCGCCAGCAGACCCAAACUCCCCUGCUCUCCGGACACCCAGAGUCUCAGGCCCGGAAAGGGCAAGAUCCCAACAAUUGCACCCCAGUUCUCCCUGUCUGGACCCCAGCAAACCAGCCGUCCUGGCUCUUCUGGAUCAUCUACACGGAGCAGACAGAGCAGCCAGUCUUCCAGGAAGUGAAGACAGAUCCUUUCCUGAGGAAUCACCUAUCCGGAGCACUCAAGACACACUCGCCGCCCGCCUUUCUGUAACCGGAGCCCCGGCACCGCUGGCAGC